CCACCGCCUCCUCCUCCUCCUCCUCCUCCUCCGCUUCCAUCAUGGCUCCCUCGCUAGACAGGCAGGGCUACUGGGGCCGGCCGACCUCAACGCUGGACUGGUGCGAGGAAAACUAUGUCGUGUCCUUCUACAUGGCGGAAUUCUGGAAUACUGUCAGCAACCUGAUUAUGAUCAUUCCUCCCAUCUGUGGGGCAAUCCAGACGUAUCGUGAUGGCCUGGAGUUACGCUACGUCUACUCUUUCCUCGGACUCGCAGCUGUUGGUGUUGGGUCCUGGUGCUUCCACAUGACGCUGCUGUAUGAGAUGCAGCUACUGGACGAGUUGCCAAUGAUUUACAGCACUUGUGUCUUCGUCUACUGUCUAUAUGAGUGCUUCAAAGAAAAAAACAGAAUUAGUUUAUUACCUAUUGCACUAUUACUAAUCUUCAGCAUCACAGUGACUGUGGUUUACCUACAGUGGAAGGAGCCAGUGUUUCACCAGGUCAUGUAUGGAGCUCUAGUAGCUUGUCUAGUGUUGCGCUCCAUCUACAUUGUUACGUGGGUGUACCCCUGGCUCAGACCGCUGUGUUACACCUCCUUAGGGAUCUUCCUGUUAGGAUUCCUACUGUGGAACAUUGACAAUAUCUUCUGUGACUCUUUGAGAGCCAGCAGAAAAACACUGCCCCCUGGUGUUGGAGUAGUAACACAGUUCCAUGCCUGGUGGCACAUCUUCACAGGCCUGGGAUCCUACCUGCACAUACUUCUCAGCCUGCAGUUCAGGUUAACCCACCUCCGGCACAGACCAAAAGUAACGUUCCUGUGUGGAGUUUGGCCCACGUUGCACAUCGAACCACAGAAGAGGAGCUGAGUUAAAGCAGGGGAGGCAGCAGCUUAAGGAUGGUGACUGCCAUAAUCCACACACCAUCGGCACAGGGACCUGCCAGUGCUCUCUGCUGGGAGCUCAGCCACCAGGCAGGGGGCAGGUGGACCCUCAGACCCCACCCCAGGGAGCCUUCUGUUCUGCACUGUGGGGAUUUACUAAGUACAGUAUAGCACUGAUUCCAGUUUUAAAAAGUGGAAGAAUUUUCCUCAUCAAUCACUUAUUAGACUAGAUUUUCUUUAUCUUUAAUGUAAUUUCAUUUCAUUUUCAGUGCAAAAAUUAUGUGUAGUCCACUGCACUGGUAACUGUUGAAUAUUUUAUGUUGUUAGCUUGAUUAGAGUUUGGGAAACGUAUUCACAUUAGCUUAUUAAUUGUGGUAUGUUCGAUUCUGUGAAAGUUUGAAUCCCCAUUAGCCCAAUGAUAUCAAAUAGAUCCCUAAGCUAAAGUUUUAAAUAAGACUAUUGCUUAUGUGUAGUUUCAAAAGGAGCUGAAGGAGCUGGAUCAACAACUAAGUGUUUUCAUAUCCCUUUUCCAGGAGUCUCAUAUUGUGUUUGAUUGUGCUCAAUAACACUAACUAUCAGCUAAAAAAGUCUAGUCUAACGUAGGGCUGUGUCACAAAAUUAAAUAUCUGCAAUGAGUAUAUUACAUUACAUUACAUUUAGCUGACGCUUUUAUCCAAAGCGAUUUACAAUAACUGCAUUCAACCAUGAGGGUACAAACCCAGAACAACAAUAUUCAAGGAAGCCAAACUACAAAGUGCUAUAAGUAAGUGCCAUUUAAGUGCUACUAAAUUUUAUAGUUUAAACUAAAGUUUAAAUAAAAUUUAGUAUAUAGCCCUACUUCUAUCCGAGGAGUGCAGACGUGAUACAAGAAACCUUGUGUAGCAGCUCCUCAGCAGUCAGUGUUUUUGAACGUGCACUGUGUGGCCCAGGUGUUGUUCAAUCAUUCAGGCUUAAUUUUCAUAUAAAUACUGGAAAUCUUCUGUUUUUUAUUUUGCUGUUGUUGCCAAAGUCGCUCUGGGAUUUAAAACGUUCAUGUAAUUAUACCUCUUUAAAAACAAACUAGAAAUGCAGAGCUUACAAAAAAGUUUUGUUACUAAACGUCAUUGCACUGACUUUUCACUUUUGUUCAGGACCGGGUUAAACUUUGUUCAGCUAUAUGGUUUCGGAACAAAGUUUAACAAGUUAUGUUAAAUCUGUAUUACAUCUACAUCCUUUAUUUAGUUGUUAAAGUUCACACAAGUUCGUGGUCUCUGAAGGACCAAGGCCAAGAGCCACUUUUCAAACACACAGGGAUUUUGUGUUGAGUUUUGUGUCUUUGAUACAGCCACUAGGUAGCAGAAUUAUCCAGUUUAUUUCAGACAUUGCCAAGAAGAUAACCCUAUUUAUAGCGACUCAAAAAAUUCCUAAUGAUCUGAGGCUUGAGUUUUCAUGUGCUGGAUCUGUGGUGGAAAAUGAAGGGCUUUUUAUUUACUUUUUUUGUUCGGUAAUGUGAAAUCGUGGACAUGUCAUGGUAACAAUAGAACCUGAGGUAACUGGUGAACUGGAAGAUGCACAAUAUGAUCCCUGUAUGAAGACACGGCAUGUAUUAUCUCCUGCAUUGAUUUUCAUUAUUCAUUCAUUCACACCUUGUCACUAACCUGUAUAUGCCUGAGUGUAACAGCUGCUUAGAGCCAGUGUUACUAGCAUUGAAAAGCACAGAAGUACAAUGUAUGGAAGAGAAGUAUUAACGUCUCUGUGUGUGUUAUCACAGCUCAUCAGCUGUCAAAGAGGGUGCCUUAUUGUUAUCCUUGCAGUGUAAUCCAAGUUGCCUUGAUGUUCGUGAUAAACCAUUGAAGUCGUCCUCUGUGUUUUGCAAUGUGUCCUUCCCCCCUGGUUAUUAGCAGUGAAAGCAUCAGGAGGUCGAACAACAACAGCUUCGAAUGCAAAUCGGUGCCUGAGUCUCUGGCCUUCCAUUCAUUUCACGUGUCCAACAGCUGAGUUACAGGUCGUUCUACUGAUGUUAACUGUAGUUGAAAUACUUCUUAUACUUAUGUGUUGAGGCCAGAAGAGCUCUUUUAUUUUAGCUGAACUUUGUGUCAGUCUUUGAUGAUGCCCUGUAUUGUCAAAAUAAAAGGAAAUGUUUCAGACUAAAA